CCAGCAGCAAAGCAAGUACAAGCCGUCUGGAAGCUGUCAUUAAUGGGAAUGACAUGUGGAGUCAGUGCUGUACAGUAAAGAUGGUGGACUAUAUGAUAAAGCAGCCAGAUGUUACUCUCAACUAAAAGCAGAGAAGAUAAAAAAAGAAGAAGAAAAAAAAAAAAAACGGUCUAACUAACGAUGGGAGGUUUUUUGGCUGACUUGUUUCUACUCCUGCUAAUUUCUACAGGGCAAGUUUAUGGAGUUUCUUUCUACGGCGAUGGCUACAUUCACCUGCAGACAGUGGAAAAAUCCAUGCAGACAUUAAUCCAUGUGCGAUUUCGUACUUCUAGUCAGUCAGGGCUGCUGUUUUUGGCAGCAGGACGCAGAGACUUCUUACUUCUGGAGCUGAUCUCUGGGCAGUUGCAGGUACGUCUGAAUCUGGGCUCAGGCGAACGUUUGCUACACUCUGAAAAGUCUGUCCAUCUCAGCAAUCUGGCAUGGCAUACGGUAGAUGUGAACCACGCACACCAUAAUGUCAUCAUAACUGUGGACCAAAACUCUCACACCAGCCUCCAAAUUCCAGGACCAGAUCUGGAGCUCAGUGUUGAAGAUGGGCUCUUUGUUGGUGGGACAGCUGGACUGAAUCAUCCCUACCUUUUAAAUAUCUCAGCUGGGUUUAGGGGUUGUAUGGAGGAAGUUGUCUUCAAUGAACACAAUCUGCUAUCCAGCCUAAGGCCAUAUUCUGGGUACAAGAGUGUCCAUGAAGUUUCACUGGGCUGUAGUCCACAGUUUUCUGCAAUAGAAGAAGAUCCUGUCAGUUUUUUCAGCUCUAGAGCCUUUGUUUCUCUUCCUCCAUGGGAGGUACUUCAAGAGGGGGUGUUUGAGUGUGAGCUGCAUCCUUCUGCAAAGGAAGAAAAUGGUAUUGUCCUGUUUAGCUCUAGCAGUGAGGGAGGAUUUGUAGCCAUGGAGAUCAGAGAUGGUCACCUGGUGACGUCAGUUGGAAAUGGAGUGGGGAGUAAAACGGAACUGCAUUCUCUGACACACGUGUACAGCAACCACACUUGGUACUCCAUCCAGCUGCACUUACUGCCCCAUAGUGUUCAGAUGAAAGUAGACAAGGAGCUGGUGAGAGCCAGCUUAACUCAGGAACUUCAGGUCAUCCAGCUCCAAGGGCCUCUCUUCCUUGGAGGUCUCAAUGAAGAAGCUCUGGCAGAGGCAAGUCGUGCUGGACUGCCUUCAGUUGGAGGAAGAGGAGGCUCUUUUCAAGGUUGCCUCAAAGAAAUUAGGGUAAACACUCAAAAAGUUGGCUUACCUCAAGCCAUAGUCAGCAAGGACAUCACUGUUGGAUGUAAAGCAGGACAAUUUCCAAUCUCACCAAUGACCACCAGCCCAACAGAUCUUCCUCAGUUUGAUGUCACAACCACACAGGAAAUGACCAAUAAAAAGAACCCUAACUUCUUGUUUCUAAGAAAGCUGGAGGUAGCUGAGGGAGGCCGGGCACCACUGGAACCCAAACACAUAAAGGUGAAUCUGGAUUUCCGUAAAUUGGGCAUCCAUCCAUCUCAGUUGAUGUUCCGUAUUGAAGAACAGCCUGUUCAUGGCCAGCUCCAGUUGGACGUCAGUCAAGACUCAAAUGGGGUGUCAGAUGUAGAGCAGGAGAGCUCUAUCACAAUGGGAACAGAAGAGAAGGACCAAACUUUCAGUAUGCUGGACUUGUGGCAGGGUCGGGUGAUGUACGUUCACAGCGGUUCAGAGGACCAGAAUGACUUCUUCAUAUUUUCAGUAUUCUCCAGCAAUAAGAAGGAGCUUCCUAUGUUUCUAAAGGGCAACCAUCUCCACCGUUUUGAUAUCAACAUCAGUCCUGUUAAUGAUGCUCCUGUCCUAAGCCUGCCAGAGGGAAACCUUUUUACUCUGCUAGAGAAAUCCAGACGACAGCUGACAACACAUGUGCUAAGAGUGUCAGACCCUGACAGCAGUCCUGAAGAGCUGGUUUUCAGCUCUAUGGGGAACCUCAAUGCUGAGGCGGGGCACCUUGAGCACCUGGAUAACCCUGACAGACCCAUCACCUUUUUUACUCUAAAUGAUCUAGAGGAGGGUAGGAUCAGCUUUGUCCACACAGGGGUUUCCGCCUCUAGGCUGGCAAUCAGAGUCAGUGAUGGGCAGAAGGUGAGCAACACAGUCGUUCUGAGGAUAAUGGCAGUGGCACUUGAACAUAAACUGGUGAAUAAUACUGGACUGGAGGUUAAUCAAGGCGAGGCUUCGGUCAUUACCACCAAUCACCUUGCAGUCCAUGUUAAUGUGGCCAAUAAUACAGUGGACAUCUGGUAUGAUGUCAUAGAGUUGCCACAAUAUGGUGAAAUCCAAAGGUUGCAUUCAAGUGGCGAAUGGAAAUUGACAACCUCCUUUUCUCAGAAACUCCUAGAAAAGGAACGGAUUCGAUACAUCAGCACUUAUCAUGGCCUUCAGACUCAGAGCAACAUCAUUGAUCACUUCAAAUGUAAAGUUAUCAUUAAUUCGUUGGCCAAAGAUGAAGUUAUCUUUCGCAUAGUGGUAAAUUGUAUUCACUUAAAGGUAACAAGAAGCAAGAUGGAAGUUAAUGGCCUUCAGAGUGCUGUUCUCACUCCAGAGGACCUCCAUGUGAUUUCUAAGGGUGUUAAACUCAGUGAGAGUGAACUUUUCUUCAGGCUCCUGACAGUACCAAAGAAAGGGCAGCUGUUCCUCAACAGCAAACCUCUCCAAAGGAACUUAACCUUCAGCCAGAAGAACAUCACAGAUGGUUUGGUGAAGUAUGAGCUUUUCAACAGGCUGCAUGAUGACACACGAGACUCAUUUAGCUUUCAGGUGUUUUCUGGGCAUGCCAAUUCAACAGCCUAUGACUUCAGGAUCAAUAUUAAAGCAGAGUCAAAUGUCAUCACAAUUGUAAACAAAGGCCUUUCAAUCCUAGAAGGAGCAAGUAAAGUUAUUACUAAAGAUAUUCUGUUCACUCACACAGCAGGUCACCGGGAAGUCCAUUAUAACAUCAUGCUAAGCCCAAGGCAUGGACAGAUAAGGAAGAUCAACCUCUCCAACUCAACUUCAAUAAAUGACAACAUUGUGACUUUCACAAAUCAGGAUAUCACCCAGGAGCGGAUCAUGUAUGUUCAUGAUGACAGUGAGACAAAACAGGAUUACUUUACAUUUCAAGUCAUUGUUAACAAACCACAGAAACACACAAACAAGAAGGAGGAUAGAAACCCAGAAGAGCACACUUUUAAUAUCACUGUUCAACUCGUCAAUGAUCAGAGACCUGUAAGGGUUGUCGAUAAGGUUUUCCACGUGGCCCGCGAUGGCCAAAGAUUGGUGACACUGAACGAUCUUUGUUAUCGGGAUGAUGACUCGGAUUUUGAGGACAGCUGGCUGGUGUACACAAGGAGGGGGAUUCCAAUGGGAGAGCUGGUGCUGGCCAGUGAUCCCAGUCACAGGCUAUACGAGUUCACACAGCGGGACCUCGAGCAGAAAAAAGUGCUGUUUAUCCACAGUGGGGUGAGCUUUGGACGAUUUGUGCUUUUCGUAACAGAUGGAAAACAUUAUGUUUCAGCACUCCUGGAGGUGAUGGCUCAGGAUCCUUACCUCCAGGUGGAGAACAACACAGGUCUCAUGGUCCAACAGGGUGGGCUUACAGCCCUGACUUCUACUAACCUCAGCGUCUUUAGCAAUCUCGACAUCCGAGACCCCCAGGAAGUGACAUUCGAGGUCUUUAUUCCACCUAAACAUGGUGUAAUCUGCUUUAAUGAUGGGCAGAGGGAGGCUAUAAUAGGAACAGAUGCAAUUUCAGUUUUCACUCAGCGAGACCUGGAGGCAGGUCGUCUGGCAUAUCAUCACAGUGGAGGCCACGAGCUUUCAGAUGUCUUUAAUGUGACAGCAAGAGCAAGAGAAAGGAGCUCAGAAAGGCGACUAGAAAGGGGGAGGAGGGAGGUACAUCUGGAUAUCGGAGUGUCAGUAAAAGUUUACCUGGAGAGUCAUCAUAGACCCCCAACAGUCAAAAGCAACAGACCAAUAGUGGUGGCAGAGGGGCAAAAUGUCUCCAUAAACAGAGAACAUCUAGAGGUAGUCCAUGAGGAUAGCCAACCCUCAGAGAUAGUUUUUACUGUCAAAAGCCCUCCCAAGCUGGGUGCCAUUCAUAGAUUGCCCACCAACAAAACACAUCACAAUGGGAAUAAAGAAAAGCACCACCUCCAUAAGGGUGUCAAAGAGCAGCCAACAGUUUCCUUCACCCAGGAAGAUCUCAACCAGGAAUUAAUUAUCUAUCACCAGCAGGCUGCAGGAAACACCAAUGACUCUAUUCUGCUGGAGGCAAGCAACGGGGUGACGAAGGUCGGACCUGUCAGGCUAGAGAUUGAUAUCAUACCAAUCCUUCUUCCUCUACAGCUAUCUGACUUAACCCUCGAUGAGGGGUCGUCCAUGCCUCUAACAUCUAAAAUCAUCAAGGUUGCCAGUCAUCAUUUCUCAGGGAUGAACUUCCUGUACCAGGUCAUCAUUCCACCGAGAUUCGGACACUUGGAGCAUGGCCGGAUCCCAGGAAUGCCUAUCACUGCUUUUACACACACUGAGGUGGAACGUGAAUACAUCUCCUAUGUCCAUGAUGGCAGUGAAACACUAAGGGACAACUUCACCAUUGUGGCCAACCAGACAGAAAUAAAAAAACAUAGCCUGCCAUGUACUGUUCACAUCAACAUCACACCUGUCAAUGAUGAGACUCCUGUUGUUACCACCAACCAUGGCCUGAAGGUGUGGGUGGGUUCUGUAACCGAAAUAACCAAAGAUGACCUUAAUGCAGAGGACUCUGACACUCCACCUGACGGGCUUGAGUUCGUUGUCACACCGCCCAGCAAUGGCUACUUGGCUUUAAGGAGUGCCCCAUCCAGGCACAUCCUGAACUUCACCCAAAGUCACAUUCAAAACAGACAACUGGUGUUUGUACACAGUGGUGCAUUGUUGGGUGGUUUUCACUUCCAGGUGAAUGAUGGCGUUAACUUUGCUCCUCGGCAGAUCUUUAGCACAACUGCUCAGUCUUUGGUUCUCACCUUGCAGAGAAAUCACCCCAUGGAAGUCUACCCAGGCUCUGUGACACCAAUAACCAAACAGGAACUACAGGUUGUAACCAACAAUAUCAGUGACAUCACAAGAAACCAGUCUGUGGUUUUUGCUGUGACUGCUCCUCCAAAACUUGGUCGCCUUGUCCAACGAAUGUCCGACAACUCUUCUAGAAGCAUUUCCACAUUUACACAGAGCAUGGUGAAUGAAGGGGUUAUUCUGUAUGAACAGAACAAGCCAGAGCCAGUGGGGUGGUCGGCUGCAGAUUCCUUUUCUUUUACUGUGUCGUCUCCACCGGCUUUUCUGCCUCCGCACACCUUCACCAUCUUAAUCUCCUACCAAGCCAAUGAACAUCAAGACACCCAUCAAAACAACACCAGACUACUGAACAAUGCAGGUGUUGUGGUGGCCGAGGGAGGCAGAGUGACAAUUGACAGAUCAAAGCUUGACGCUUCUAAUCUCCUUGGGAAAUUUCCAGAGUCCCACCAGAAAGACCACCAAAUUAUGUAUCGAGUGAUUUCUCUGCCCAGACACGGAGCUCUGUCCAUACGAGGACAUAAUCUCACAAGAAAUCAUCCAGACUUCUCGCAAGCUACCCUGAACAAGUUCGGCAUCAUUUACAUCCAUGAUGACUCAGAGACGACGAGCGACAGCUUCACUUUCCGGGCCUGGGUGGUUCCUAUGGAUCUCUCCUCCUCUUCUUCAUCCUUGUCUGCUCUUUCCUCAGAUUCCUCCUCCUCCACCUCUUUUUCCCCUCUCUAUUCAGCCUCAUCUUCCUCCUUGUCUUCACUGGACACUGUUUCCCAUCAGCAUCGAACCAAAGACAGCGCGGCAGUGACGGAGAUGUUCAACAUCACAGUGACACCUGUCAAUGACCACCCGCCGCUGAUCAGGAGCCGAGCCCCAAGUAUGAAAGUCGUGGUUGGAGAGAGAGUUGUAAUUGGAUCUGACAGUCUUCAGGUUGAUGACCAUGACACACCACCAGAGGAGUUGCACUACCUUGUAAUCAGUAAACCCAACAAUGGUUAUCUGAUGUUGGGUGAAAGACCAGAGCCUGUGACCUCCUUCACCCAGUAUGACGUCAACCAUGGCCGACUGCAUUUUAUACAGCAGGGUGAGGCCUCAACUGGUGUUUUCUACUUCAAUGUUACUGACGGUCAUCACCGUCCUCUCUACAAACUUUUCAGUAUGGAGGUGGUUAAACCUUCUGUAGCUAUUGUAAACAACACUGGGCUGUCAUUGGUUCAAGGCCGCACCGCUGUAGUCCUAACAACCAACCAGUUGGCGGCUAAGACCAAUGGUCAGAAACAGGGUAAUAUCUCCUACACCGUUACCAAACACCCUCAUCACGGACGCAUUGCUAUUAACGACAAGGAGGUAACGACCUUCUGCCAUGAGGAUCUCCAGUUUGGACGUGUUGUCUAUCACAUGACUGACCUCAGCGAAUCGGAGGACAGCUUCCAGAUCUCAGUGUCAGCAUGGUCUCCUGGUGUUGACUAUGGAAAUGUGACAGGGCAGACAGUGAAUGUGACUGUGCGGCCUUUGAUCUACCUGAGGGAGCCAGUUAGAGUUCCAAGUGGUAUUGCAGUGAAACUGGGGAAAGCCAUGAUAGAUGCAUCUGAGCUGGCCAGAAUCAGCAGAGCUGACCCAGUCUUUGAGGUUCUCUCCCCACCAAAACAUGGAAAGCUAGUUAAGAUAACCUAUGACCCUAAUCAAGCAUCAGAGGUCCUGAAGUCAUUUACAUUCAGAGAUGUUGUGCAAGGUCGAGUUGCCAUCGAGGAGACUCUCAGUGACGACGACAGUCAGCUUAACAAUAAUGAAUCUACGCUCAUAACAGCUCGGCGCCAUGCACCCGCCACACCUCUCAAUGAUUCUUUUCUCUUUCUGGUAAAAGCUGGAAAUGUCCAGCCAGCAAAGGGUGAGCUUCACUUCACCAUCUUCCCCCACCACCAGAUGCGUCACGGCCCAGGUGGUUUCAGCAAAGUGGACGGUGCAAGUCAUGAACGCACGACCCAUUUACGAACACACAAUCAGACUACUACAGAAGGUGGACAAGGAAGAUCCACGACACACAGCGUGGUCGGGGAGAGUGUGCAUCCCCACAUUUUGUCACAUAAAAACCACAACAAGACACACCGAAAGACAAAGCCUCAUAACCGCUGGGGAAACCGCACACGCAGUGGGGGUCAUGGAGAAAGAUCAGGGAACAGCGCAGAGGGACCAGGAGAUGGUCAAAGUCAUGCCCCACAGCCUCACGCUCCUCCUAACCCAGCAACAAACGGUCCAAUAAACCAUCCUAAUACUGAACUGGUUCAUGUCGAGAUCCUCCCUCGCCCAGCCUCCGACCCCCUACUUAUCAUCUUGCCGCUACUAGCCUGUUUGCUGCUCAUAGUGAUCCUUGUAGUUCUGAUUCUGGUGUUCCGCCAUCGCAAAGAGAAACUGGCCCGACAGAGGCUCAUGCACGAACUUGCUGCCGUGCAGUUACCAACAGAGGACAGCCCAUACCUGGGCCGGCCAGAACGAAGCCUUGCUAUGCCCUCUGUGCAGGUCACUCAACUCGGCUCUGCAAGCUGCCCAACCUCCCCAAGGGUACCAAUGACUCCUAGGAGGAGCCUCGCCCCUGGUAUGACCUUCUGGGGUCCAUUUGAAUCAGAUAUAACAAGUCGAAAUGAGAUUAGCAGAGGAUUAGUAGUGAAAAGCAGUGAAAGAGAUAAUAUAAAUAUGACUUGUGGUAUUGCACUCCCACUUUCUCCUGCAGGAUUUAAAACACCUGGGGCAUCUCGGUCCCCUCCUCCGACUCUAAAAGAGAACCAGUACUGGGUUUGAGGGAAGUAAUUCAUGCAUAAACUGUGCCUUAGAGGUGUAUUUGCUGUGCAGAGAUUAUAAAGGUUAUACUGUAUGUCUGCAUUAGAGGGAGAAUAUGUGGUCAUCUUAGGCACCUACAAUAUGUACUGUACUUUAUAAAAAAAAAGGACAAAUAUGCAAAAUAUAUAAAUAUUUCACACAACAGACUUUAUCUCAACA